AUGAAGUUGGAAAACACAGAGAGAAAAGAAAGGAAGGCAGAGAAGGUUGCAGAUGUUGUGGUAAUUGGCAAGGCAGAGAAGGUUGGGGAACCCACUGUGAUCACUGCAAAUUGCCCUAACAAAACUGGGUUGGGCUGUGAUUUGUGCAGAGUUAUAUUGCUCUUUGGGCGAAGCAUUUGCAGAGGAGGGUUUGGAGACACUCAAGCACCUCAUCAGCUCAAGAAAAUAAUGGUAAAAGCCAUAGCUAGCAAGCAAGAGAGAGAUGAAAAAGCUUCCUGA